AUGUAUUCUCAAAAACAACACCAGCGUUUCUGGAGUAUUCGCAGACUAUUCUAUUAUUCUGGAGCCCAAAUUCAAUUUCCCCUUAUGUUUUGGAUUUUCGAUGAACCGGAAAACCAUGUAUUAACUUCUCCUUUAAACCUUCCUAGUAUAUACAUACCAGAUAAAUCUUUUUGCAACGAAAUAUUUGGUCCUUGUAAUGGCCUUUAUUAUUUACAAGGGUUUCCAAAUAGUAUAUUAAUAAACCCUUCCCUGAAACAAUGUAUUAUCUUGUCUUCGCCAGAAAGAGCUUUUCUAUUAUCAAAAAAAAAAAAAAAAGAAAGAGCUUUUCUUUAUUCUGAAUUUGCUGGAUUUGGAUUUGAUCACAAAACUAAUGAUUAUAAAGUCGUUCUCCUACAAGAUGUAUGGUUGAAAAAAGCAAAUGGUGAACAAGAAAAAGGAUAUUGGAUUGCUUUGUUAUACAGUUUUAAUUCCGACUCUUGGAGAGAGUUUAAUGCGGAAGAUCUCCCUCUUCCAUUUGAAGUUUCCCGUGAGUCUUCCGCGGUUUAUACUUUUAUGAACAGUUGUUUUCAUUGGUGGAGUUAUGUUGAUAAGGUUGGUGGCGGAAUAGAAGAUUUUGUUUUAGCAUUCAACAUGGUUGAUGAAACAUUUAGGAAGAUAAAAGUUCCCAAAAUAGAGUAUUCUUGUUUUUCAGGAGAAUGUUCUAAAACUCUAACACCUUUUGUUGAAUCUGAUACUAUUGGUGUUAUUGUUUAUCCUAUAACAGGAAUAGGAAUAGAUAAAUGUUUUGAUGUUUGGAUGAUGAGAAAUUAUUGUGAUGAAGAGUCUUGGAUUAAGCUAUAUAGUGCUGGACCUGUACCUAUGGAUUCAAAGUUUGUUGGAUUUUAUGGGAUCAAUGGAUUUCUUUGGAAAGACAAUGAUGAUGGAAGAUUAGUAUUGUAUGACUCCGAGAAUGACAAAAAAACGAUGGAUCUUCAAGUUUACGAAAACGAUGAUUCAAUAAGAGUUGUUAGGUAUAUGGAAAGUAUUGUUUCACUCCCGAAGUUUGAAUCAUGGGUUAAAUAUACGAUUGCCCCUUGUUUGGCUGACUAG